ACCAUAGUCCAAACUCCAAACCGCUUCCUCUGCUUCAUCAUCCUCUCCUCCAGAGUCGGCGACUUCGUCCGAACCUUUUCAUCAAUAAGCCACGAUGUUUAGUACUAAUUCUAAAGCUGAUCAUGAUGAUGAGUUUACCCAGAAGAGCAGAAAUUCUGCUUCCUUCCAAAUCAAGCAAGAUGAUCAGUUCUUCUGUAGGCUUCUUUCAAAAGAAAGCUCUCUUUCUUGCCAAUCUUUCAGAGUCUCGCUUGCUAUUCCUUUUGAAUGGGAAUCUGAACCGGGCACCCCAAAGCGUCCUUUUUCUGAAACUCCCUUCCCUACUCUGACUCCUCCACCUUGCUACUAUAUCAAAACUGCUAUGAACAUGAACUCCGACAAACAGAAGGUGAAGAGGCGAUCAAGAUUCAAUCUUUUGAGGACUCUUGUCAACGUCAUAUUAUGUAGAUACGGGAGUGCGGAUAUACAUCAUAAAAUUAUUUAGCCAUAAAAUUGGCAACAUACAUAUGCAGCCCUGGGAGGGAGUGGGAUGAAGGAGAGGAAGAGGAAGAAACGCCUUUACGGAGCAUGUUUUUUAUAUGUACAGAUCUCUUUUUCCGAUGUCGAUAUAUAAUUCAGUGUGUCGGUUUGCCUGAAGUUAAAUGUGAACGUUAGCAAGUUGUUCAGUGUCAACAUUCAUUUAGAAGCGCAGUUCUCAUGUCAGAAAUUGUAUCGUUGACAUUGAAUAAGUCACCCCAUCUAAUAUAUUCCAUUUUAGAAUU